GCCCCGGACGCGGCCAUGGCGGCCAUGGCGGAGCUGGCGGCGGCGGAGGAGCUCGCCAAGCUCGAGUACCUGUCGCUGGUGUCCAAGGUGUGCACCGAGCUCGACAACCACCUGGGCAUCAACGACAAGGACCUGGCCGAGUUUGUGAUAAGUCUUGCCGAGAAAAAUACCACGUUUGACGCGUUUAAAGCAAUUCUUCUGAAGAAUGGUGCUGAGUUCACUGAUUCCCUCAUCAGUAACCUGCUACGUCUCAUCCAGACAAUGCGGCCUCCUCCAAAACCAUCCACGAGCAAAGAGGCGGUUGUCAAACCCAAAUCAGAGAAAGAAAAGUUGAGGGAAUUGUAUCCAGCCCUUUGCAGGCCAGACAAUCCCAACAUCAGGAAUAUGCUGGAUGAAGAUGAUGUGAAAGUGGCAGCUGAUGCCCUGAAGGAGCUGGAAGCUCUGAUGCCCAGUGCAGACAAGCAGGGCAAGCAGAGGAGCAGCGACCAUCGGGCGAAGAAAAAGAAGAGGAGCCGAAGCCGUAGCAGGGACAGGAAGCGGAGGCACAGAUCGCGCUCCAGGUCUCGUUCCAGGACCUGGGACCGGAACAGAGGAAAAUCCAGAUACAGAUCAAGGAGCAGGAGUUGGAGUCCCAGUAAGGAACGCAGGGAUCGGGAGAAAUACCUUGAGAAGAGCCAUGAGAGGUGGAGGGACAAGCACAUAGACCGACCACCAGCUGAGGAGCCUUCCAUUGGGGACAUCUACAAUGGCAAAGUCACCAGCAUCAUGCAGUUUGGGUGCUUUGUGCAGCUGGAAGGACUGAGGAAACGUUGGGAAGGCUUGGUCCACAUCUCAGAGCUGCGAAGAGAAGGGCGGGUUGCCAAUGUUGCUGAUGUUGUGAGCAAAGGACAAAGAGUGAAAGUCAAAGUGUUAUCUUUUACUGGAUCCAAAACCAGCCUGAGCAUGAAGGAUGUUGAUCAAGACACUGGGGAAGACUUGAACCCAAACCGUAGGAGGAACCUGGUUGGAGAAACCAACGAGGAGAGCUCCAUGAGGAACCCAGACAGACCCAGUCACCUGUCCCUGGUGAAUGCCCCCGAGGUGGAGGACGACAGCCUGGAGCGGAAACGCCUCACCCGCAUUUCUGACCCAGAGAAGUGGGAGAUAAAACAGAUGAUUGCAGCUAACGUGCUUUCCAAGGAAGAGUUCCCUGACUUUGAUGAGGAGACUGGGAUUCUUCCUAAAGUUGAUGAUGAAGAAGAUGAGGAUCUUGAGAUUGAGCUAGUUGAAGAAGAGCCACCAUUUCUUCGAGGUCACACUAAACAGAGCAUGGAUAUGAGUCCCAUUAAAAUAGUAAAGAAUCCAGAUGGUUCCCUGUCCCAGGCUGCCAUGAUGCAAAGUGCUUUAGCUAAAGAGAGGCGAGAACUGAAACAAGCCCAGAGAGAAGCAGAGAUGGAUUCCAUCCCCAUGGGCCUCAACACACACUGGGUGGAUCCUCUCCCUGAUGUGGAUGGAAGACAAAUAGCUGCAAACAUGAGAGGUAUUGGGAUGAUGCCAAAUGAUAUCCCAGAGUGGAAGAAACAUGCAUUUGGUGGCAACAAAGCUUCUUAUGGUAAGAAGACCCAGCUUUCCAUCAUUGAACAGAGAGAGAGUCUCCCAAUCUUCAGACUCAAGGAGCAGCUGAUACAAGCUGUGCAUGACAACCAGAUUCUGAUUGUUAUUGGAGAGACAGGAUCUGGGAAAACAACCCAGAUUACCCAGUACCUGGCUGAGGCAGGAUAUACCUCAAGAGGGAAGAUUGGAUGUACUCAGCCUCGCAGAGUGGCUGCAAUGUCUGUUGCAAAGAGGGUGUCAGAGGAGUUUGGCUGCUGCUUGGGACAAGAGGUUGGCUACACCAUUAGAUUUGAAGACUGCACCAGCCCUGAGACUGUCAUCAAAUACAUGACAGAUGGGAUGUUACUGAGAGAGUGCCUGAUAGACCCAGAUCUCACCCAGUAUGCCAUCAUCAUGCUGGAUGAGGCCCAUGAGAGAACCAUCCAUACUGAUGUGCUCUUUGGGCUCCUGAAAAAGACAGUGCAGAAACGGCAGGACAUGAAGCUGAUAGUGACAUCAGCAACUCUGGAUGCUGUGAAAUUCUCUCAGUAUUUCUAUGAAGCACCAAUCUUCACAAUUCCUGGCAGAACAUACCCAGUAGAAAUUCUGUACACAAAAGAGCCAGAGACAGAUUAUUUGGAUGCCAGUCUGAUUACAGUAAUGCAGAUCCAUUUAACAGAGCCACCAGGUGACAUUUUGGUCUUUCUAACUGGCCAGGAAGAGAUUGACACUGCCUGUGAAAUCCUCUAUGAGAGGAUGAAAUCUCUAGGACCUGAUGUUCCAGAGUUAAUUAUCCUACCAGUAUAUUCAGCUUUGCCCAGUGAAAUGCAGACCAGGAUCUUUGACCCAGCCCCACCAGGGAGCAGAAAGGUUGUCAUUGCCACCAACAUUGCAGAGACAUCUUUGACUAUUGAUGGAAUAUAUUAUGUGGUUGAUCCUGGCUUUGUGAAGCAGAAAGUUUAUAACUCCAAGACUGGAAUUGACCAGCUGGUGGUGACACCAAUUUCCCAGGCUCAAGCCAAGCAGCGUGCAGGCAGGGCUGGCAGAACAGGCCCAGGAAAAUGCUACAGGUUGUACACAGAACGUGCAUACAGAGAUGAGAUGCUCACCACCAACGUGCCUGAAAUCCAGAGAACAAAUUUGGCCAGUACAGUGCUCUCCCUGAAGGCUAUGGGCAUCAAUGAUUUGCUGUCCUUUGACUUCAUGGAUGCUCCCCCCAUGGAAACUCUCAUUACUGCCAUGGAGCAGCUCUACACCCUGGGAGCUCUGGAUGAUGAGGGGCUGCUCACUCGACUUGGACGUAGGAUGGCAGAAUUCCCCCUGGAGCCUAUGCUGUGUAAGAUGUUGAUCAUGUCAGUGCAUCUGGGAUGCAGUGAGGAGAUGCUGACAAUUGUGUCCAUGCUGUCUGUGCAGAAUGUGUUCUACAGGCCAAAGGAUAAACAAGCACUUGCUGAUCAAAAGAAAGCCAAGUUCCAUCAAACAGAAGGUGACCACCUCACUCUGCUGGCUGUGUACAAUUCCUGGAAGAACAAUAAAUUCUCAAAUCCCUGGUGCUAUGAAAAUUUCAUCCAGGCUCGUUCCUUACGCCGGGCUCAGGACAUCCGCAAACAGAUGUUGGGCAUCAUGGACAGGCAUAAGCUGGAUGUGGUGUCCUGUGGGAAGGCCACAGUUCGGGUCCAGAAGGCAAUUUGCAGUGGCUUCUUCAGAAAUGCAGCCAAGAAGGAUCCCCAGGAAGGGUACAGGACACUCAUUGACCAGCAGGUUGUCUACAUCCACCCAUCCAGUGCUCUCUUCAACAGGCAGCCUGAAUGGGUGGUGUAUCACGAGCUGGUGCUGACCACCAAGGAGUACAUGAGGGAGGUGACAACCAUCGAUCCUCGCUGGCUGGUGGAGUUUGCCCCAGCUUUCUUCAAGGUCUCUGACCCAACCAAGCUGAGCAAGCAGAAGAAGCAGCAGAGGUUGGAGCCCCUCUACAACCGCUACGAGGAGCCCAACGCCUGGAGGAUCUCCCGCGCCUUCCGCCGGCGCUGAGCUCAGCUCCCUCCUGGAGCUGCUGCUCUCAUCCUGGGGGACUGGGACUUCUGCACUGCUGCCACUGUCCUGGGAGACAGACAUCCCCAUGCAGCUCAGCUUGGGCAGAGCAGGAGCUCAAGAGGCAGCCCAGAUGUGCUGCAGCUGCACAGCCUCUCAUGAGUGGGUCUUGGAGCACUUCAGUGAUUCCCCUUUUGAGAGACAAAAUCUAAGACUCAGGAGUCUGGGUACUGAGCUGAAAUUUUCAGCUUCCCCUUUUAGAGAUUCCCCUUUUGAGAGGGAAAAUGUAAGACUCUGGAGUCUGGGUGAACUGAACUGAACAACACAAAAAAAAUGGUGAUUUAGAACUGGUUGUUGACCAGCCUGACUGGGUUCGGAGUGACCAGACAAAUAGAAGGUGGAAUAGUUUGUGUUUUUACCCUGCUAAAAGGGAUUUAUUUCUGCUUAAGGUUCUUGGUCAGUGACUGCUUUUUGGGAACAGCCUGUUCUUUAUUUUACCAAGUUUAUACAUUUUCCCAUGCAAUGUAACUAUUUGUAUUUUAUUUAAGCCAUCUGUGGUGAGAUAUUUAGUAUCUCUGGCUUUGGGAUAAGGCAGGAAAAAUUCUUGAAACCCAGCUAGAAUAUAUUUGGACAAUGGCACAGGUCAGGCUGCAAGAUUUACCCUUCAUCCCCAUCAGGGUUUAUCAACCAGUAAUUCCCUCUCCAGCACAGUUCCAUCUGGAAAUGUAAGUGGUUACAAGUGUUUGGACCUUUUAUACAAUGUGCCAUGUGCUUUAUUUUCACUUAAAAUGUUUGGUGACCUCACAGCUGUUGGGUUUUUGUAAUAGAAUGAGCUCUUACAGCUAAAAUGUAAAAAUUGUAUAACAGUUUCUUGUUUUAAAAAGAAGUUGACUGCCCAGUGUGUGCCAUGUCAGGCCCAAACUAUCUGUAAAAUAUUUUUUUUUGUUGCUAACAGAUGAAAUUUAUUUGACUCCAUAGCUGUAGAAACCUUAUUUUUUUUCCAAAACUGGGACAUUUGCUAAAAUUAUUGUUGAGAUGAAGAGAAGUAGCUCGGCUGGUUGUUUUACAUAGUGAAUUGGAAGAAUGUUUCACAUUGAAAAGUAACCAUGUUGGAAAUACCUCUCUGUACAAAGGUGAGCAGGGAUGUUGUUCAAUGUCCUGAGCUUUCCCUCAUGUUUUAUCAUCAUAAAAUUAAAGGGAAUGACAAA